AUGUCUGCUUUAUGUGUCCCCAAGAUUGUAUAUGACGAAGGACCUCUCUAUGUCUUCUCUCCCAUGGAGGAAUUACGGAUCCGCUGGAUUCAUCAACUGAAAAGCAUGACCUAUUAUAACAGCAACUUGGUGCAGAAGUAUCAUCCUUGUUUCUGGACAGAUGGACAAUAUCUUUGUUGCCUCCAGACCGCCAAAAUGGCCAUGGGAUGCAAAGUUUUGGCCGGCAGGAGUCAAAGUUUCAAAAGUGGCCGUUUGUUUCAGAAGCCCGAAAAGCCAUUGCCUCCAACGCCAGAGGAGAAUCAGUUCAUGAAGAAGCCUCUGCCGCCCAAGCCGACACCCAGCAUUCCUUCCAAGACGAGGAAGGUGAUCGCUCUCUACGAUUACACCCCCAUGAAUGACCAGGAUUUGCAGCUGCAGAAAGGGGAAGAAUAUCUCGUCCUGGAGGAGAGUAGUGAAUCCUGGUGGAGAGCCCAAGACCAGAAUGGGAAACAAGGUUACAUCCCCUCCAAUUACAUCACCGAAACAAGAGAUUCUCUGGAGAUAUUUGAGUGGUAUUUGAAAAACAUAACCCGAAGGCAAGCGGAAGAAUUGCUGAAGAAAGAGAGCAAAGAUGGCGGUUUCAUUGUUCGAGAUUCUAUCAGCAAGACAGGCAAAUACACUGUCUCUGUGUUUGCUAAGUCCUCUGG